AUGAUAAACACAAUCCUCCAUCAGAAAAAACAAAUGACGAAAACUAUUUGUACACUAAAACGCAACAUUAGAGCAGCCAAAGCUAUCCAAGAAACUCUAGCAAAAACAUUAACGGAAACGCCAAACUUUCUCAACUACGCAAUCUCAGCACAAAUAUUGGACACCGAAGACGCUUUCAACACAAAAGCAAGCAACAUACUCGUCACAUUGGAAGAAGAGAUUAAGGACACCAUCACAACACUAAAGAAAGUCCCAGAUAAUCUUCCAUCUUCUGGUGAAGUAAAUGUUUACUUCAAAUUUUUAUGUUAUGACGCAUGUAAUGUUUUAACGAUGUAA